GCCCGGAGCGGGCGCCCCGCCGCCUGCCCCGCUCCCCAUCCCGGCUCCGCUCCCCCCGGCUCCGGCCCCGCUCCGCCGAGCGACAUGGACACAUAGCCCUGUCGCCACGCAGGAAGAUGCGCAGUCCCAUCCCAGGUCUGGGCAGGGUGAUGGUGUUCCUCGCAGCAGCCCUGGCGUCAGCCUCCCUGGCCAUCCCUGAGGGCUGGGGAGAGGAAGGUGUGCAGUACGGACUGGUGGGGACAGAGGUGACCCUGUUGUGCUCCGGUGCCCGCCCCGGCUCCAUGGUGCAAUGGAGGCGGGGGGGUACCGCAGAGCUUCCAGAGGGCUCGGCCAUCCGUCAGGGAGCCCUGGUGCUGCCACGCGCCGGCUUGGCCACCAUGGGGACCUACAGCUGCCACGGCGAGGACGGUGGUCUCCUGCACACCGUGUCCCUGCGGAUGGGAUACCUGCCAGGGGUGCCCUUUGUGUCCUGCAGAGCGUCUGACUAUGAGAACUUCUCCUGCUCUUGGACCUCCAGCGUAGAGACCUUCCUCCCCACCAGAUACAUCACCACCUACAGGAAGAAAUCACUGACGGGUGAAGAGAAGCGGAGGAACAAGAAUGGGCACGUGGGGCUGUGCCUGCAGGAUCCGUCCCACCCAGGCACCUGCACCGUCCAUGGGUCAGAGUUCUGGAGCUCCUACCGCCUGAACAUCACCGAGGUGAACCCCCUGGGCUCCAGCUUCCGCCUCCUCGAUGUCACCAUGCAGGCCAUCAUUAAGCCAGACCCCCCAGAGGGCUUGGUGGUGGAGCCCGUCCCCUUGGCCCCACGGCGGCUCCACGUGAGCUGGAAGUACCCUUCCUCCUGGCCCAAGGAACCCCACUUCCAGCUCAGGUUUCGGCUCCAGUAUCGUCCUGUCAUCCACCGCUCCUGGUCGGUGGUGGAGACGGUGAACCUGUCUGAGGUGAUCACGGAUGCCUUCGCCGGGCUGGAGCACGUGGUCCAAGUCAGCGCCAAGGAUUUCCUGGAUGCGGGGAACUGGAGCGAGUGGAGCGCCGAGGCCCGGGCGACACCAGUCAGAGACCUGGCCACCACAACGAGUGAAGAAACCACUACCGAUGCCAGCCUGGAGAGCCUGGCUGAGGAGCCCUCCCAGGCUCCCAACCCUGAGCCCAUCAACCGCAGUGACCCCCUGGAGAAGAUGGCCGUCCUGGUGUCCCUCGGGAUCUUUGCCUUCUUCGUCCUGGCUGCUGUUCUUGUCAUCACCAUCCUCAUCUGGCUCCGGGUGAGGAAACACGGCAAGGAGAAGACCAAACCCCACAACUUCUUGGUUGCUGCCACCCACUUGAAGGCACUGCCGAAGGCCCAGAUCCUGUAGUGGCCGAUCCCAGCUCCCUGCACCUGCUUGUCCACACGUGGGACUUGAUGCCACUGUUUGGCACCCAAGGACCCCACGCCUCCCGGGUCACCCCACAGCCGUGGACAUUGCCGGAGCUCCCAGCACUCUGGGGGUGCAGGAUGGACCCUAAGAAGAGAGACUCUGCUCCCAGGAGCUUUGGGCUGCCCGUGCCUGCCAGGAGCCAACUGGAGGCACCUCCGACUCGGCGACGGGCCAGCCCCACCGCCGAGAGCUGCUGAACACAUUUGGGGAUAAGACACUGAGCCAGACCCACUUCACUGCCUAGUGUUGAGGGGGACCAUGGGUGCAGGCUCCCAGGGGUGCCGGGCAUCAAUGAGCAGUGGAUGCUGAGCCCUGCCCGUCACCCCUCACCAGCAGGCAGAAGGGAACCCCCUGUCCCUCUGCCUCUCUCCACCAUGCUGUGGCUGGAUGGAGCAGUGAUGCCAAUAAAGGGGGUAGCGUUGGCACUGCCCAGGCAAAACA